GACGCCGGGCCGGGCGGCCGCUGCCCCCGACCCGGUCCCCGCCGGGGCAGCGGCUCGGAAGCCCCAGACCCCUGAGAGCCGGUCAGCCCCGCGCCAUGCCGCCCCCCGCGCUGCUGUGCGCGCUCUGCUGUGGCCUCCUGGCCGCCGCCCGCGCCGGCUACUCGGGGGACCGCUGCAGCUGGAGGGGCAGCGGCCUGACCCAGGAGCCCGGCAGCGUGGGCCAGCUGGCCCUGGCCUGUGCGGAGGGCGCGAUCGAGUGGCUGUACCCGGCCGGGGCGCUGCGCCUGACCCUGGGCGGCCCCGACCCCGGCGCGCGGCCCAGCAUCGCCUGCCUAAGGCCGGCGCGGCCCUUCGCCGGCGCCCAGGUCUUCGCGGAGCGGGCGGGCGGCGCCCUGGAGCUGCUGCUGGCCGAGGGCCCAGGCCCGGCCGGGGGCCGCUGCGUGCGCUGGGAUCCCCGCGAGCGCCGGGCCCUCUUCCUGCAGGCCACGCCGCACCGGGACAUCAGCCGCCGCGUGGCUGCUUUCCGCUUUGAGCUGCGCGAGGACGGGCGUCCAGAGCUGCCUCCGCAGGCCCACGGUCUUGGUGUGGACGGUGCCUGCAGGCCUUGCAGCGACACGGAGCUCCUCCUGGCCGCAUGUACCAGCGACUUUGUAAUUCACGGGACCAUCCAUGGGGUCACCCACGACACGGAGCUGCAGGAGUCUGUCAUCACUGUGCUGGCUGCCCGUGUCCUCCGCCAGACAUUGCCCCUGUUCCAGGCGGGGGGCUCGGGGGGCCAGGGGCCGGCUUCCAUUCGCACCCCGCUGCGCUGUGGCGUCCGCCCUGGCCCAGGCACCUUCCUCUUCAUGGGCUGGAGCCGCUUCGGCGAGGCCUGGCUGGGCUGUGCCCCCCGACUGCAGGAGUUUAGCCGUGCCUACGCAGCUGCCCACACGGCCCACCUCCAUCCCUGCGAGGUGGCACUGCGCUGAGGGGCCUGGGCCUAGCCGCCAGCGGGACCCUCCUCUGGGGUGGGGUGCUGGGGAGGGGCCCCCAGGUGGCAUCAUGGUGCCCCCUGCAGAGGUGUUGGGGAUAAGCAAUAAGAACUUUGAUUAUGUCA